AUGAAUCGUCAAGGCCCCCCUAACCAGAACCCCAUGAGACUACCGGGCUUUCCACCAGCCCCCACUGCUGCAUCAAGAGGCGGAGGAAUUCCCAACGGAAAAAUCGGAGGAGGAUGGCAAGGUGGACCUCCACCGGGAGUCCCGAAUCCAGCGGGUAGCAGGCCUGGCUCUAGUCUUCCCUUUUCUCAACUUGCUAGCCAGCCUGGCACACCUUUAGAUUUGAGCGAAUUUCCCGCGCUCGGAGGACAGCCACAAAACACCAACGUUCAACCUUGGAAUAGGAUAAGCACUCAAUCACCUUCAUCACAGAAUCGUCCGCCGCAACCAAACGAUCUAUUCCCAGAUAUGGAUGGUUAUAGAAUAGGUGGGAAUGGGGGCGGCGGCGGUAGUCAAGGGCAAGGCCAAGGAAGACAGCAGAUGCAGCCCAAUAGCUUGGAUGACUUUCCAGCACUGCCAAGGACAGCUCAAGGAGGCGAUCACUUAGACGAGCGAGGAUUCAUGGGAAUAGGCGCUAUGGGGGCAGGAGGGCAGUAUGGUUCUACACGGCAAGCAAAUAUGGGUGUUGCAGGGAGAAAUGGAUUAGGGAUGGGAAAUGCCCCGCCGCAGAGCAGGCUGCUUGAUGUCAUGCAACAGCCCGGAGGUGUGCCAAUGUCAGAUGUUGGAAAGAAGAAUUUGAUGAAAGUAAAUACCUCUUCAAUGGUACCCAAUGGGGCACCUGGUCUUCCAACAAACGCCGCCACAACAAAUCUCUCGCAGCCAUUACCGCCCCAAACAAAUGCAUCGCCUGCUCCAGGUUUACAAAACCCAAUUGGUCAUUCUUUAGGACAGCAACAGCCGCCUCCACAACAUCAAUCAAAGUUUUCGUCUAAUGCGAACGGUGUCGACUUCGGAGAAGGCUCAGUGGGUACAGGCACCACUAGCAACAUGAUGGGAGAAACUGACAGAUUUGGGCUUGGUGGACUUUUAAAUCUUAUCCGAGGGGAGAGCGGAGAUUUUUCGAUGUUAGCACUAGGUCAAGACCUAACACAACUAGGGCUUGAUCUCAAUCAACCCGAGGCUCCUUUAUAUCCAUCGUUUGCCUCACCUUGGGCGGACACUGACUCGAAACCUGUCGAGCCUGAUUUCCAGUUGCCUUCUUGUUACACGGUGCAUAAUGUUCAGCCCCUAGGAUCUAAAGUUGCAGCUUUUUCAGAUGAAACCCUCUUCUAUAUUUUCUACACUAUGCCAAGAGAUGUAAUGCAAGAGGUUGUCGCUACGGAAUUAUCAUCACGAAAUUGGCGUUACCACACAGCUCUCAAGCUUUGGUUAACGAAGGAUACCGCGAGUGAUAUUCGUCAGGUCUCUGAGACUGCUGAAAAGGGCAUUUACGUUUUCUUCGACCCGAAUCAGUGGGAACGAGUCAGGAAAGAAUAUGUCCUGGAUUACAACUUCCUAGAUCAUCGAGUGGCACCUAUCAUGAUUGGAGGAGCGGGCUUAUAG